UGUCUGUGGGCGGGUCCUGAGUGAGUGACUGACUGUAGUUGUGGUGGUUAGCUAGUUAGCUGGUUAGCUGCCGGUGCUGCUUUGUUAUUAAUAUUAAUAUUUAUUAUUGUUUUAUCUGUAUUAAAUCGGUUUAUCGGUUUAUUAUAACCCCGCGGUGAGGAGCAGCAUGUCCUCGGUGGUGGAUAACCGGUGUAACGGGGAGAGCAGCGCGGCGGCGGCGGAGCCGGAACACCCGAGACUCCUGAUCCCGGAGCUCUGCAGACUCUUCUAUCAGCUGGGCUGGGUCACCGGAACCGGAGGAGGAAUCAGCCUCAAACAUGGAGAUCACAUUUAUAUCGCACCAUCUGGAGUUCAGAAAGAAAGAAUACAGCCGGAGGACAUGUUCGUCUGUGAUAUAGACGAGAAGGACAUCAGCGCUCCUCCUGCGUCAAAGAAGCUGAAGAAGAGCCAGUGCACCCCGCUCUUCAUGAACGCCUACACCAUGAGGGGAGCUCAGGCUGUUAUUCACAGUCACUCGAAGGCCGCGGUGAUGGCCACGCUGCUGUACCCCGGCAAAGAGUUCCGCAUCACCCACCAGGAGAUGAUCAAAGGGAUUCGGAGAGGAAACUCCGGCACUAAUUUCAGGUAUGACGAGUCUCUGGUUGUACCCAUCGUUGAGAAUACCCCGGAGGAGAAGGACCUGAAGGAGCGCAUGGCGAGAGCUAUGGAGGAGUACCCGGACUCCUGCGCCGUCCUCGUCAGGAGACACGGAGUCUACGUCUGGGGAGAAAGCUGGGAGAAAGCCAAGACCAUGUGUGAAUGCUACGAUUACUUGUUUGAUAUCGCCGUUCAGAUGAAGCAGUGCGGUCUGGAUCCUGCGGCUCCGCCCACUGAAGCCACGGGAUUCGUCUGAUCUGACGUCAUGAUGACAUCAGCCCUCAACCAAUCAGCCACAGAUUACUGCUGUUACUACCAUUAUCAUCAUCAUCCCCAUCCCCAUCCCCAUCAUCAUCACUACCACUAUCAUCAUCAUCCCCAUCCCCAUCAUCACCAUCAUCAUCAUCAUCACUACCACUAUCAUCAUGCUGAAGAACCUCAGAUCUGCUGCUAUGACUGAGCUUUGAUCUUAUCCAAAAUCACUGCUAUUUUUUUUAUUAAAAUGUAAAUAUGAAUAAUUGAUACAAGUUAUUAAUACAUCAUAUUAUUGAUGUCACACAAAAACUCUAUAUUUACAUUUUUGGGUCAUUUUUCUCUUUUUGAAUAAAGAAUAAACUGCACUUUUUGGUGAAAGCUUUUCUAAUCCCUGAAGGAUUGUGUUGCCAAUAGAAUAGGACUUAAACCUAUUUACAACAUAUUAUUAUACCUAAUGUCAGGCAUAGUAAAUAUUAUUAAUUUAUUUACAAAUAAUAAAAAUUAAAUAGUACUUUUUUUUCUUUUUACUUUUUGACUAAUUUGGCUAAUUUAAGAUGUGCUUAAUUUAAAAUGUGACACUUGCAGAGCUUGUUUUAUUCCUGUCAGAUAGUAUUGCCAAUGUAAUAGCAGAAUUUAGAGCAGUUAGACAUGAACUUAUAAAAUAUAUAAAAUGAAUAAAUAAAUAAAAUGAAAAUUG